AGCUGAGACAAGAACUCUGAGCAUGAGCCGCAGAAAGAACACUGUCCUCGCCCUUGUGGCAUGGAUCAUGUUGCUUGCACUCUUCAUCACAACGGCGACGGCCUCACUCCCAUGCCAAUGCUGCUGGCUGGUGCAGCAUCCGAAGGUGACAUGCGGCCACGCCUGCUGCGGCGACAACUGUUGCCCGCCCACGCCACCACCGUCCACCCGCUGAAUUCGAGAUAGAUCAUAAAUACAGUAUCAUGAUGAUACAUAAUAAACUCCGCCGGAAAGUUGUUAUAGUAUCCCGCCACUUUUCUGUGAGCAUAUGAUAUAUAUGCUGCAGCAUGCAUGACAAUAAAACAUCUCUUUGGUUC